AUGAUAUCUCUUGAAAACCUAGAUGAUUAUAAUGGAAGAGCACUUUUGAAUAGUCCUCGAUCUUUAGAAGCCUGCUAGCGGAUAGGUUUGAAUCCAAAGGAACUGAUUUACAAGCCAAUUGAGGACUUUAAAGAUAAGAAUCUAGAUCACUAGAUUGUCUAAAUUAGAUAUCAGCAUCAUGAGUCAAAGAGAAGAGAGCUAUUGUAUAAAGCCAAGAAAGAAAGAGGAGAAAUAAUUAAAAUAAUUGAAACAAAUGGCGAUCAUCUGAAGCCUGGUUCUUUUAUCUAGCCGUUGGCUGUGCUUUAGCAUUAGAAUUUGGAUUACUCUAAAUCAGUCGUCAAUAUAAAGGCAUUCAAUUCCCCAUCCUCUUAAAAUUAAAGUCAAAUAUCUUCACCUCAAAAUGCAAGAGGCUUGCAACCUACUUAAUCAUAACCUUAGCUAUCUCUUGAGUAAUCCCGGAUUUAGGCAUUCUAACAACUAUAGAAAUAAGGUAUCAUUGAUGACAAUGUAAAUUUGAUUUGA